AUAUCCAACCACACAAAUACACAUAUAAAACACCCUCCCCAUUCUCCACUAUAAAGAACACCCUUCCUCGGACAAUCAAUCCAAUCAAUCAAUAAAACCAACAAAUAAAACAUCGGAUUGUCGAAAAAAGAAAAAAACCAAAAAAACCAAAAAAGAAAAAAAGAAAAACAAAUGAUGGGCAGGGUGAAUUCACUACUAGCAAUAUUACUAGUAGUUUCCACCACAUCAUUAUUAUCGGAUCUUGCCUAUUGCGAAGAUCCAUACGUUUACCAAACAUGGGACGUAAAAUACGCAACCCUCUCACCGUUGGGCGUCCCGCAGCAAGUCAUCACGAUCAACGGCCAAUUCCCGGGCCCGAAGAUAAACUGCACCUCCAACAACAACAUCGUCGUCAACGUGUUCAACAACCUCGACGAGCCGUUGCUGCUGACGUGGAACGGCGUCCAGCAGAGGAAGAACUCGUGGCAAGAGGGUACAUUGGGCACUAACUGCCCGAUCCUACCGGGGACUAACUACACGUACAAGUUCCAGGUCAAGGAUCAGAUCGGCAGCUACUACUACUACCCUACCACCCCUCUCCACCGCGCCAUGGGGGGUUACGGCCCCCUUGCCGUCCACAGCCGUGACCUCAUCCCUGUCCCGUUCGAUCUCCCCGAGGACGAUUAUUUUGUUUUCGUUGGUGAUUGGUACAAGAAGGGCCACGCUUCGUUGAGGAAGCUUCUUGACGGGGGCCGGUCGCUCGGCCGCCCUGACGGUGUGAUCAUCAACGGGAAGGGUAGUUUCGGAACUGGUAAUAAGACAGGGGGCGAAGAUUCGCCCAUGUUUACCAUGAUCGCGAAGAAGACGUACAGGUACCGAUUCUGUAACGUCGGGAUGAAGGAUUCGGUCAACGUGAGGAUCCAGGGCCACACGAUGAAGAUCGUCGAGAUCGAGGGCUCCCACACGGUGCAGAACGUUUACGAUUCCCUCGACGUGCAUCUCGGCCAAUGCUACUCUGUCCUGGUGACCGCCGACCAGAAGCCAGAGAGCGACUACUACCUGGUGGCGUCCACCAGGUUCUCGAAGAAGGCCCUCACCUCCACCGCGAUCAUCCGAUACGUCGGUGGGGGUCAGGUGCCUCCGUCACCGGAGCUGCCUCCAGCUCCGGUGGGUCUCCCCUGGUCGAUCAACCAGUUCAGAUCGUUCAGGUGGAACCUGACCGCGAGCGCAGCCAGGCCCAACCCGCAGGGGUCGUACCACUACGGGAAAAUUGACAUCACGCGCACGAUCAAGUUCGUGCUGAAGCCGUUCAGCAAGGUCGGUGGCAAGCGCAGGUACUCGAUCAACGGUGUCUCGCACGUGGACCCGGAAACCCCCUUGAAGCUGGCCGAGUACUACGGAGUGGCCGACAAGGUUUUCAAGUACGACAUGAUCAAAGACCAGCCGUCGGACAGCGACCUGGCCGCGGAAGUCAUCGUCGCGCCCAACGUGAUCAACGGGACAUUCAGGAACUUCGUCGAGAUCAUACUCGAGAACCACGACAAGAGCGUCCAGACUUUCCACGUGUCCGGAUACUCUUUCUUCGCAGUCGCGGUUGAGCCGGGGAGGUGGACGGAGGAGAAGAGGAAGAACUACAACCUGAUAGAUGCAAUAAGCAAACACACAGUGCAGGUGUACCCGAACAGCUGGACAGCGAUUAUGACAACGUUGGACAAUGCCGGAAUGUGGAACAUGAGAUCUAUGUCUUUGGAGAGACAGUAUUUGGGGGAGCAAAUCUACGUAAGCGUUCUCUCCCCGAAUCGAUCCCUUCGCGACGAAUACAAUCUCCCGGAUACGCAGUUGCUCUGCGGGAUUGUCAAGGACAUGCCAAAGCCACCACCAUACAGUUCUUGAUCCAUUAUAUACUUAUUAAUUAUCAUCACUACUUCAACUGGGAUUUUUUCAAUUUUAUAUAAUAUAUAAGUAUAUCUAUCUAUAUAUAUGUGUGUGUGUGUGUGUGUAUUGUUCUACUAUGAAGAAAUAAAAGAAGAAUGUAAUAAUUAUUAAGGUAUUAUUAAUUAAAGAAACAAUAAGGGAAGAAGAAGAAGAAAAAAAGGGAAGACAAUGUAAUAGUGGUUUGGUGUGAUAAUUAAUCCAGGGCCACCGUCACGUGAGUUUUGGUAGAAUAGGGUUUUAUUUGUAAUUUGUUGUACUUUUUCCUCAUUAUUAUUUAUUUUUCUUUUCCCCAUGAUUAAUAAUUUAUAUUUACUUUAUUUUUUAAAUCGAUCUCAUUCUAACACACAACAUUCAUACACUCUAUAUGUAUUGAAUUGUGUGUGAGAUGUUUUUUUUGUUAUUCACGCUCUGUAAGAUGUU